AAGAGGUGUCUAGACGGAUGCCUGAUCAAAAACAUAAAGCAUCUAAGUCAUAAUUUAGACAUGAAAACAUUAAAUGAGAUCCCGUCUGCAGGUGCUGGAGUCGUUUUUCUACAGAAUGACUUCGCGAGAUUCAUUCUGACCAAAAUGUGAGCCGCUAUUUUUAUCUAGAUUGAGCCAGUGCUGUUUUUUUCCUUUUUUUUUUUUUUGGGGGGAGGCCUAAAUCUCCGAGCUUUUUGUAAGGAAAAAAUCAAGACAGCAUGAAGGAAGUGGAUUAUGUUAAUAAAAACAGCAGGGAAAGUCUGCCUUUAGAGGACAACGUGCGGAUGAAACAGCUCGGAGGUCGUGAUUCGCAGGAUGUUGGUAGAAAUCAGUCCGCAGAUGUUUAUUCUCCUUCAGUGAAUAAAGAAGAGCUUCCCUGGAGCCCCAGUUUGGAUGAGCAGGAGUCCGAGUCCUCCUUCCUAAAGGAAGAAGUUGAUCAAAGUUGGACAAGUCAAGAAGAAGCGCAGACGGAUAGAGAAGAUGAGACUGAAUACAUCAACUUCCCGCUCAACGUUAUUGUGAAGAGUGAGUAUGAUGAUGAAGAGGAGCCCGAAUCCUCACAGCUUCAUCCCAGUAAAACUGAUGAUUCCACAGAGACAGAGCGUCCGACCACCAGCACCGUUAAAUGGAUCAAAACAGAAACUGAUGGGGACUGCGCACAGCUGGAACUAGUCUGGAAGCCCGGUCCGAAACAUUUCAAAAAGCGUUCAGACAGAAAGGCUGCGGACUCCUCUGAGACAGAUAUUAGUGAAGACGAUGGUUACGAUUAUUGGCAGCAACCUUUGACUGAGAAGGAAAGUGGAUGGAAAGCAAGCGGUUCCGUUAAUCCCAAUUGUUCUGAAGCCAUGGCGCCUCCAGGUCCAAAGGCCAAAGGUCACGUAGGAAAAAGAAACUUCAGCUGCGAUGAAUGUGGUAAAAAGUUCCGAGAUCAGUUUAGUCUGAAAUCCCACAUCAGAGUGCACACAGGAGAGCAGCCGUUUGUCUGUGACGUUUGUGGGAAAAGAUUUAAGCACCAGCAUGACGUGAAGAAACACAUGAAGGUCCAUUCAGAGGAGCAGCCGUUCGUCUGUGAAGUUUGUGGUAAAAGAUUCAAGCAUCAGCACAAUCUGAAGACGCACAUGAGAAUCCACACAGGGGAGAAACCUUAUAUCUGUAACAUCUGUGGAAAAGCAGCACGGCACCAGAACAACCUGAGAACACACAUGAUCGUCCACGGAGGAGAACAGCCAUUCAGCUGCGAUAUCUGUGGGAAAAAGUUCAACCGGCAGACCAACCUGAAGGCGCACAAGGCCGUUCACACCGGAGAGAAACCGCACAGCUGUGAGAUCUGCGGAAAAAGCUACAAACGUAGAACGCACCUUAGGGGUCACAUGACCACCCACAGUGAGGAAAGGCCUUUUGGCUGCGAAGUCUGCGGGAAAAGGUUCAACCGUAAAACGUAUCUCCACACGCACAUGGUGGUCCACACCGGCGAGAAGCCUUACAGCUGCGACUUCUGCGGUAAAAACUUCUCCAGGAAAACUCACCUGGAUUCACACAUCGCUGUUCAUAUGGGAGGGCAGCCGUUUGGUUGUCCCGUCUGUGGGGAAGAAUUCCCCAAACAGGAAAGCUUAGACCGACACAUGCCGCUACACUUCAUAUAGUUGAACUGAUUACAUGGAUGGAUUCCCAACGCUCUUCAUUCCACUCUGGUGAAUUAUAAACAAAACAAACAUUAUAUUAAAACCAAUAAACUAGAGAGAUGUUCCACCUGAGGAGCUGGAAGCCUCUUGGAAACUAAAUAACUGAAGGUGAAUCCUCUUUCAGCAGCUGACUUUACCUUGAGUUUGUUCUGGAAAUGAACAAAUAU